CUCACUCUUCAGCAACAACCACCUCCCCCCCUCGAGCCUCGACAAUCGACAUAGUGAUAUGCCCCCCCACCUCCCCCUCCACGAAACCAUCCCAUGGGCACUCACCUCCAUCCUCAACCCCGCAGCCAACGACCCCAUCCUCCGCUGCUAUAACCAAUCCAUCGACGCCCUGCACGAGAACCUCCUCCCGGACCCCCAUGCCGCCAUCCAACUCGCCGACUCCCGUCUCCGCGUCUUCCCCUUCAAGGACGUCGACGACUGCUGGCGCCGCUUCUACACCGACGCAAGCAUCGUGCAGGCCUGCGUGACCAUCUACGAGAAUAGCGGCAUCCCUCACCACCACCACCACCACCACCACCACCGCGACGAUGAAACUGGGGGGAGGAAGCGAAAGAGACAGCCUCAUACGGAGUAUAUUUCUCGGAUUAUUGCCGAUUUUGAGAACUGGGGGGAUGGGAAUGGGGAUGGGGCAAUGGAGCAAGGGGUGACGGUUGAUGGGGAUGCGGAUGCGGAGUGGUUGGAACAGACGGUGCAUUUGCUUGAUAAGGCGCUGAUUAUGACGGGGGCGCCGCUUCGUGAGGCCGUCGUGGAGGGUUUGAUUGAUUCGUUGCAGGGUGCGAUGAGGAGUGGGGGUGGGUCUGGGUCUGGGAAAGAUACAAGAGGUGAUGUGAAGGAGGGUCAGGGUGAGGAGCAAGGGGAAGAGAAGGGGAAAUUCACCCCGCUGUUUUCACCAGACGCUGCACCCACGCCGGAGAUCAAGUUCCCCAUUCCGCGGGUCUCUGCGCCGUCGUUCGAGUACAUGGAGCGACAUAUUCGGCUGGCCAGGACUCCCGUCGUGAUCACCGACGCCGUGGGCCAUUGGCCGGCGCUGUCGACGCGGCCGUGGGCGUCGAGGGAGUAUUGGUUCGAUCGCACGUUCGGGGGGAGAAGACUUGUCCCCGUGGAGAUUGGUCGGGCCUAUACGGAUGAUGACUGGGGACAGCGCAUCGUGCCUUUCGCGGAGUUCGUGGGGAAGUACAUCGACGCUGAUAGAGAGCAGGAUGGUCCGACGGGGUAUUUGGCUCAGCAUGAUUUGUUGGCUCAGAUCCCGGCGUUGCGGAGGGAUAUCUCGAUUCCGGACUACUGUUUUGUGGAUCCGCCGGGUCCGGAGAGGGAUACGCCUGUGUAUUUGGCUAAGAGGCGGGGGGAGGAGGAGAGGGGGGCAAGACGAAGACGAAGACGAAUGCGAGCACGACAACUCGGGGAGGAAGAUGAUGAUGGGGUGGAAUCCGAAGCGUCAGACUCCGAGUCUGAGUGCCCUUCUACAGGCCCGUUCAUCAACACCUGGAUGGGCCCUUCGUGGACCAUAUCUCCUCUGCACCAUGACCAAUACGAUAACAUCUUCGUUCAGGUUGUCGGCGCGAAGUAUAUCAGGCUGUACUCGCCCCAUACACCCGCCUCGCAGAUCUAUCCCAAGGGCAAAGAAACCGUCAAUCAAUCCGCCAAGCCACCGUUCGAGGGCGAAGAAGACCACGAUGAUGAUAGUGAAGAAGAGCACGAAGACCAAACAUCUCACACCCCACCCAACCACGACCCAGACACCCAACACCCAUCCACAACCAUCCCCUCCAAACCCAACAACCAACAACAAAACCCCACCCUACCCACAGAAACAGAACCCCCCCACCUCAUCGACAUGUCCAACACCUCACAGGUCGACCUAGCCGCCAUCGAGAUGUCCCCCGCCGAAGAAGAGCAAUGGGAAGACCUCUGGCCCGGGUUCCUGCAGGCAACGUACAUCGAGACCGUGCUCCGUGAAGGCGAAUGUCUGUAUAUCCCUGUGGGAUGGUGGCAUUAUGUUCGGAGUUUGCGCGGUGGUGUGAGUGUUAGUUUUUGGUGGGAGUAGAUUUGUCUUGUCUUGUCUUGUACAUAGAAUAUGAAAUAUGAAUGUAAAUAUAC